AUGGCCCAAAGGGUGACUGCUACACAAUUUGGUUACGAUGGUCUUUGGAAGAAAUUGCGAAACAGUUUGAAACAAUUCAAAGAAAAAUGUGCAAAUGUAGUCGUCGUAUUUGAUGGUGUUUCGAAACCCAAUGAACAUCGACGAACUGAUCCUGAACGAGCUAGUAGUGUGAAAUUCAAUGAUGAUGGUUGUGUUCUACCGUCUCUUCUCCGUGACGAAUUUUUACUUAUUCUACAUAACUUGGAAAUUCAAGUAUACGUAUCUUCAGGCGAAGCCGAUCCUACGAUUGUGAAAAUGGCUCGCAAACAUAAUGCUUAUAUCGUUGCACGUGAUUCCGAUUAUUACCUUUACGAAAUCCAGAAAGGAUACGUUCCACUUCCUGAUCUGGCAUUGUCAACACUUGAAGGACGAUAUUAUCAUAUGAGAGACGUUUUCCAAGGUAUGACACAACGAAGUGUGGCGCUCUGGGCAACGACUAUUGCUUUUGACUUUAUUGAUCUUGAAGUUCUACAGAAUCAGGUUUCGAUGAUAAAUGCAUCUGACAAAAGACAAUUCAAUCAUUGGUUGGCAAAUAUCGACUCAGACGACGAGAAACGUCGACGACUUAUUUGCCAGUUUCGUCUACUUCGUUACAUUCAAGAACUUGGUGAAACUACAGCAUAUAACAAUCUAAUCACUUUGUUUUCUGAAGAUAAAUUGGAAUUCAAUCAAGUAAUGCAAAGUUAUGUCAACCUUUCGUCCGAAACACCACUAUUGACACAAAAUGGCAAUGAAAUUCCUGAAUUUCUAAAUGAACUCUACACUAAUGGUAAGCUUGAUCGUGCUGUUAUUGAUAUUCUCGUUACCAGACAAGUGUUACACCUUUGGCAAGGAACUAAUAUAGUACAUUUUAAUUUACUGCUACCAAUGUGUCACAUCCUUCUCAAAUGGGAUUAUUCGAAAUCAAACAGUACAAAUCUUGCUUCUACUGUUAUUUUUAAUGAACAAACAUACAAUCCACUUGAACUCAUUCAAUCUGAUGGUUUGCCUUUGCUUGCUAAAUUCGUUGAUCUCGAUGAAAGCAAAAGGAAAGGCUUUAUUUUGGGCUGCGUUGAUUUCGCUUUCAAACCUCUAGGAUCUAUCAAUUGGGACGGUGUCCAUCGAGAUUAUAAACUUUGGCUUUGUCUUCUGAAGCUCUGGCUUCACACAAAAGAGAUAAAGUCAGUUGUGUUGGAAGCAACAUGUCUGGCAAUGAUUGUUACAUUUCUCAAACAUGCUCUUCUUGAUACAUAUGAUGAAACAGAAGGUAAUUAUCACAACCGAUAUUUCUGCAAAGAGAUAAGUCACUCAUCGUCUAAAUGA